AUGAGCACCGGUAAGAGUACGCUACGAAAAAGACGAGAUCGUUUUGAAGCAAAGCAUGCGUACAUAUAUUUAGGUUGUAUGUUCCCCUCAAGUCAGAUACAGUAUUUACAAAAUUAUUGUUUGCCGACUGAAGAGGAGCAGCAUGCAAGUCAUGAUAAUCAUGGGCGACCCCGGGAUAAUAUGACUGAGUGUGGAAUUGAGACUUUCAGAAAUUAUCAUUUUCCUGCUGAUUCCAUUGGUGGCUACAUAAACAAUGACGAAUAUAUCCGAAAAUUUUAG